AUGAAACCUCUGCUUGGAACCUUUUAUCUGUUGGGUAUGCUGGUUCCUGGUUGGUUGGGAUACGAUAGAUCCCUCACACAACAGAGACAAGAAGUUGUGGGUAAAGUAGUGAGUCCAUGGAGGAUCCUGGAGACAUAUCCUUAUAACAGAUACCACCCCAUGGGGGAGAUCUACCAGUGGAUGAGUGAGAUAAGGGAGAAGUACACGGAAGUGGUGACGCAGCAUUUCCUAGGAAUGACUUAUGAGAGCCGGCCCAUGUAUUAUUUGAAGAUCAGCCAACCAUCCAAUAACCCCAAGAAGAUUAUCUGGAUGGACUGUGGAAUUCAUGCCAGGGAAUGGAUUGCCCCUGCUUUCUGCCAGUGGUUUGUGAAAGAAAUUCUACAGAACUAUAAAGACAACUCAAGGAUAAGAAGGCUCCUUAAAAACCUGGACUUCUAUGUACUUCCGGUUCUUAACAUAGAUGGUUAUAUCUACACUUGGACGACUGAUCGGCUUUGGAGGAAAUCCCGUUCAUCCCAUAAUAAUGGCACGUGUUUUGGAACAGAUCUCAAUAGAAACUUUGAUGCAUCCUGGUGUAGUAUCGGUGCAUCUCACAACUGUGAAAGUUUAACGUUUUGUGGAACGGGGCCCAUGUCUGAACCAGAGACGAAAGCUGUUUCCAGCUUUAUCGAGAGCAAGAAGGAGAACAUUGCCUGCUUCCUGACUAUGCACUCGUAUGGGCAGCUCAUUCUCGUGCCUUAUGGCUACACCACAAAUAAAUCAAAUAACCAUGAAGAACUGAUCCAAGUUGGACAGAAGGCAGCAAAUGCAUUGAAAGCAAAGCAUGGAACCAAUUAUAGAGUUGGAUCGAGUGCAGAUAUUUUAUAUGCUACAUCAGGAUCCUCGAGAGACUGGGCUCGGGACAUUGGGAUCCCCUUUUCAUACACAUUUGAACUGAGGGACAAUGGUACCUAUGGAUUUGUCCUGCCAGAAACUCAGAUUCAGGCCACUUGUGAGGAAACCAUGGAGGCUGUGCUUUCAGUCCUGGAUGAUGUAUAUGAGAAAUACUGGUACACAAACAGUGCCAUAAAGGCAAAAUCUACUGCUCUGGUGCUGAGCUUGCUGAUGUCCGUCAUGUCUCUUCGCUAA